UUCCCCCUAGCCAAGCCACUUCCACCUCCACCUUCGAAAGGUUUUUCUUAGUAGAACCCGAGAUCCCCAGGAGUUUGUAAACCAAAUCUUCCACCCUAGAGCCCGAGGGUCUUGGUGACGUCAUCGCGCUGACGAAGGGGCGAGGAUGGGGCGGAGCUCUAAUCUCGCUCUUGAUUUUUCGUUCGCUGCAGUCCCUCCUGGAGCCGCCCCCCACCCCACCCCCAGAACCCUACCUCCUUCGGCCAGCUCAGCCCGACAUGGAGAAGGUCGGAGCCGUGUUCGGUGGCUCCCGGGGCAUCGGCAAAGCGGUGGCCCAGUUAAUGGCCCAGAAGGGCUACCGGCUGGCGAUCGCUGGCAGGAACCUGGAAGCCGCGAAAGCUGUGGCUAGGGACCUCGGGGAAAAUCAUUUGGCACUUAAAUGUGACGUUGCUAAAGAGGAAGAUGUUCAAAAGGCAUUUGAAGAGAUGGAGACAAAUUUAGGCCCUGUUAACUUUUUGGUAAAUGCGGCUGGCAUAAACAGGGAUGGCUUGUUACUAAGAACAAAAACUGAAGACAUGGUGUCCCAGCUUCACACUAACCUCCUGGGAUCCAUGCUGACAUGUAAAGCUGCUUUGAGGAAUAUGAUUCAACAACAAGGAGGCUCUAUUGUUAACAUAGGAAGUGUUGUCGGUUUAAAAGGAAAUUCUGGCCAAUGUGUCUACAGUGCUAGCAAAGGAGGAUUAGUUGGUUUUUCCCGUUCUCUUGCUAAAGAGGUAGCCAGAAAGAAAAUUCGAGUGAAUGUCAUUGCACCAGGAUUUAUCCACACAGAUAUGACUAAAGAUAUGAAAGAAGAACAGUUAAAGAAAAAUAUUCCUCUUGGGAGAUUUGGAGAGCCUAGUGACGUGGCACAUGCUGUUAUUUUUCUUCUAGAAACUCCUUAUGUUACAGGACAUGUUCUCAUUGUAGAUGGCGGAUUACAACUUGUUAUGUAAAGAGGGUUUCUGUGUAUAAUAUGUAAUAAUCUGUAAUAAUAGUGUUUUGAAUUAAGAUUAUAUUUAAUUUUGUUAACAACUACUGAAUCAUACCUGCAUGAAUGGUAAUCAAACCUAUAAAAGAAAUUGUUAUUCCUUAUGUUUGAAGUUCAUUUGAUGGUGAUUAUAUGAUCAUUGAUGAUUAAACAGAACAAUAUUUGACUAGUAGUCCUUCCAUACUGCAGAUAUGAAAUCAGUUCUUUAGUGAUCUUAUGCGCCAUCAAAUGUAUAAAGAGCCAUUUUUCAAAGGAUAUCACCUUUACCAAGUGAUGGAAUUAUGCCCACUUGUUAUCUGUUUGUGCAUUUAAAUCAGUAAAAGAAACUUUUCUUUUUAAA